ACCUACUCUAGGGCGUGGAGGCGACCACAACAUUCACCAAAGACGCAGAGACGACCCUCAGAAUCAAGAUGGCCUCGAGUAGUGAAGAGCUUUCAAGCUCUUUGGAGAAACAUAAUUCAACUUUUACCAAAUUGUUAUCUUUCAUACCUCCUCAGUUCUACAUCGCUCUCGAUCCUGAAGAAGCAGAUUCUAAAUGGAUGAAGAACAAAAAACGUCGGACUGGAGAAGAAAUAAAAGAACAUAAAAGACAAGCUAAAAUUUCAAAAUUAGAUCCUUCCAACCCUCAGACUACGGAUCAUAUCUUAGCUUCCAAGGUUCCUGUAUCUUCCAACCAUGCCUCAAAAUCGGAGUCGACCAAAGUCUCCACGUCAUCUGAUGUCACUGGGGCGGAAACGGGACUGAGAGAAAAAGAAGUUGUUGUUUUUCCCAGUACCGGAGAUAAAGAUGAGGGAUUAGUCAAAGAUGGAAAGCAGAAAAUCAAUCCUUUACCUCCCGCAGCGAGUAUUGCCGAGUUGAAGCAGAGGUUGCAGAAUAAACUGGAGAGUUUCAGAAAGGAUAGAGGGGUGGACGAUUCUGAUCCUGUUUCGAGGGAUGCUUUGGAAUCUGCUCGGAGAGCCAAAAGGGAGGAACAGAGGGAUAAGAAGAAGAAAGAUAGGAAGAAGGAGAGAGAAUCGGAGAAACAAAGUAAUAGUCGGCCUGCGAAGACCCAACUCAUCGUUCCUAUCUUACCUAAAGACAACCUCACUUACCCUUCCCUCGCCCUCCCUUCUUCAUCCACCAAAUCACUCGGUCCUAUAAAACCCAUCUCUAACCCCGCCCAAGCUCUAGCCCAUCUGGAGAAACAUAACGCUCACUUGGCUUCACUUCCUGAAGAAAAACGUCGAGCCGCGGAGGAGAAAGAAAAAUGGGCAAAGGCUUUACAAAGAGCCGGAGGAGAGAAGGUGCAUGAUGAAGCGAAAGUAUUGAAGAAAGCUGUGAAGAGGGUAGAGAAGGGAAAGCAGAAGAGUGGGAAAGAAUGGGCGGAAAGGAAGAAAUCACUCGAUCAAGCUCAAGCCGUCGCUAUCAAGAAACGAAACGAUAACAUCGCUUCGAGAGCCAGUGCGAAACGUGAUAAACGAUUGGGUGUCAAGUCGAAGGGAACGAAAGGUGGUGGUGGUAAGGGGAAGGGUAAAAGUAGAGGGAGACCUGGGUUUGAGGGUAAGAAGGGGAAGGCGUGAUCGGUAUAAGUCUGCUAAGAAUGUUUCAACGAGUGAGGUUGCUGAUACUCUUCUCGAUGCAUCUUUCGUUUCCUUCUC